CCCAAAAUACUGCUACUUGUACUCAUGUUUCCGUUACUUGUUCAACUUUCCCCAAAAACGCAUCAUUUCCACACUCCUUUCAUUGUAUCAUAUGUCUCACGGACCAAACAUCCCCCCAUUUCACUUCACACCCAUCAACCCAAAUCACUUUAAUUCAUAAAAAUACAUUUUUAUUCUUUUUUAAAACCCAAUCUUUUUUUUUUCUUUCUGAUUUUUUAAAUUCUGUUCCAAAGUUUUAACCAAUGGGAGUUAAAGGAUUUAUUGAAGGUGGAAUAGCAUCAAUAGUAGCCGGAUGCUCUACCCACCCACUUGAUCUGAUCAAGGUGCGGAUGCAGUUACAGGGCGAAAACCAGCCCGUUCGAGCUGCAUCCGCACCGGGUGGGAGCAUCAACGUCUCUGGGCCUCCACGAGUGGGGCCCAUUGGAGUCGGGAUGCAGAUCAUCAAGCAAGACGGGGCAAGAGCCUUGUUCUCUGGUGUAUCUGCCACCGUUCUCCGUCAAACGCUUUAUUCCACCACUAGAAUGGGUCUUUAUGACAUGAUGAAAAAAAAAUGGACAGAUCCUGAAACUGGAAACAUGCGGCUGUGGAAAAAGAUUGGUGCCGGGUUGAUCGCUGGUGGUAUAGGGGCUGCGGUUGGGAACCCCGCGGAUGUGGCAAUGGUCCGUAUGCAGGCAGACGGAAGGCUCCCAGCUGCCCAACGUCGUAAUUACCAAAGCGUCGUUGACGCUAUAUCACAAAUGGCAAAAAACGAAGGGGUUGGGAGCCUAUGGCGCGGUUCAUCUCUAACAGUGAACCGCGCCAUGUUAGUGACUGCCUCACAGUUGGCAUCCUAUGAUCAGAUCAAGGAAACUAUACUAGAAAAAGGUGUAAUGAAAGAUGGGCUUGGAACCCAUGUGACCGCAAGUUUUGCUGCAGGGUUCGUGGCUUCGGUUGUCACGAACCCCAUAGAUGUGAUUAAAACCCGAGUCAUGAAUAUGAGAGUGGAGCCGGGAAAGGCUCCGCCUUAUACGGGCGCAACUGACUGCGCCCUACAAACUAUACGAUCGGAAGGUCCAAUGGCGCUUUAUAAAGGUUUUAUUCCUACGAUAUCAAGGCAGGGACCAUUUACAGUUGUUCUGUUUGUUACACUAGAACAAGUCCGAAAAUUACUAAAGGAUUUCUAAAUUUAGUUGAUGAUGACGAUAUACUCAUGUGUUUUUGGUAUUGGCAGAAUAAAAGUUCCCAUAAUUUAUGGUUUUA